AUGAGCCUCAACCACCUCUCGGCCAAGUGGCGCCAGUGGCGCUGGCAGAUGGAAUUCUACCACACGCCCCUCGAGCUGCGCUACUCCUACCGCCUCCUCUCCCGCAUCUCCGACCAUCCCCUCCUCCGCCUCCUCCUCCUCUUCCUCCGCGUCCCGCGCUUCUUCCCCUGCCGCCUCCCGCCGCGGCCCCGCGACAUCAUGGCCUACCAACCGGAGGCCUACAUGAACCAGCACCACCCGGACGUCUACGAGACCCGCCUCAUCCCCGCCUGGCGCUGGCGCGACACCCCCCAGCGCGCCUUCUACCGCCUCUACGAGACCGUCUGCGCCUACGACGAGCCCUUGACGGGCUACGAGACCGAGUACCUCUGGCGGCGGAGCGACCGACCCGCGUGGAGG